UUUCAGUAACCUGACAACAUUUUCCACACACGCGCACAUAUAUGCGCUCGUAUUUCCCAUUUGUUAAUCUCUGACAAUGUAUGUCGAAAAUACGUCGGAUAUAUUUGCAUCUCACCGAAAUUUAUCUCCGAAUUGGAAUUUCGACCAUUAACGCCGAUGAAAACAAAUAAGCGUUAAUCAUGAAUAACCUCACAUGCAAUUCACAAAGCCCAAAACACAUUCACACGCUCGGAAUAAUUUCCUCUUCUUCGACAUGGCAGAGAGUGGCCGAAACGAAAUUAUUGAUUGUCGAAAAAGUUGUUGCUGGAAAACGGAUCGUAUUAUGUACUGCAUUAUCCUAAAUGCGACCGACGAGUUACUGUCGCAGCUCAAUCACAACUGCAUGUUAAAAAUUCAUACGUUCUUCAACGAUGUAGGCGAUCUAAUGCGUUUCACCGAGUGCAAGAGACAAAGCAAGCAAGUGGAAUUUGUUACAAAAACCACAAAGAGUAUCGAAAUGCUGCGUGAGGUUCGAGGAAAACUUUCUACUCGUGACUCGUCAUCGCAGAUCAGAGGUAAACUAAUUAUCGACAUGAGAGCGCUUGAUAAAAUCACGAGAGAAACAAUGAACGCAAUCACAUUCGCAACGCACUUCGUCGCAGCUCUCAAUCAGAUUCGUUGCACAAGCCUCCCAUACGUCGUGAAGGAUUUCACUCACCCCCGUGUACUUAUUCGAAUAUAUACGGAUAACACCAUCCCGGAGUGCGGUUGCGCCCUGAGAAGCAUUGGCACCGGGACUCAAAGCAAUACCGCGAACCGGGAAUUCAGUUCGGAAACAAGCCUCAAUGCUCCUGAGAAAGCACGCGGAAAGAAACGGCGCGUGGACUUUAUUCCCGAGGAAAUUGCAAAAGUCUCGGACACUUUGACAGCGGAACCGCGUCUCGUUUACGACGCUGUGACCGAGGACACAGUGCUCCACGCACGCAAAUCGGUAAUGCUGAUGGCAGACGGAACGGAAGAGGAAACAUCUAGGGGCAGGGAAUCAUUAAUAUCUCCCGUCAUCGACGCGAAAGAGAAAUCGGAUAUUGCAGCGGCAACAGAUGUUGCGACAGAUGCAUUGCGACGAGAGUUUUCCCCGAUUCGCAGUGCAGAAAUACCACAAGACUCCUCAGCGUUAUCGGAUGAGGCAUUUCAAAUAUCGAGACUCGAUGAGUCGCUCGAUGCAAAUGUCCCAAUGCUUCUGCCUAUAGAAGAAAUGAGAACGCAUGGUGACGUAAUGUCGAUAGAAGAUGUAGAAAAGAAUGAUUCUCUAGAUAUUGCUGCGAUUACGACCGUUAUUACAAGUGAGAAGAAAGAAUCAUCGAAUGAAGUUUCUUUACAGCUGAUGAUAGACAAAGACAUUCCUGUUGUCGAUAAAACAGCUCUUGAUGUCACUGUUAGUUCUACGGUUACGGAUUUGGCGGAGGACUCAACAACCCAACAGCCUGCAUAUCCAGCAGAAGAUACGUUAGAAGAAUCUGUAAGCACCAAAUAUAAAAUGCCACUGUCCGAGAAGACACGAGCAAUCAAGGUAGCCGAGGUCAAACAUUCGCCGACAGGAGAGCCCACACCGCCAGGGCAGAAUAUGUUUCCGGAAUCUGUACAAAUCAAGCACAAAAUACCACGGCGUAGAAAGGCAUGGGCGGCCAAGAAAACUGACGAGGUUGGAACUUCGCCGGUAGGAAAACCCACACAGCUAGCGAAAGAUAUGUUCCAAGAAUCUGUACAAUUCACGUACAGAAUGCCGCGGUUUAAGAAGACACGAACGAUCAAGGAUACCGCGGUCGGAACUUCGCCGGCGGGAGAAGAAUCUACACAGUUAACGAAAGAUACAUUCCAGGAUUCUGCACAAACCAAGUAUAAAGCAUCGCGAUUUAAGAAGACACGCACGAUCAAGGAUAUCGGGAACGAAACUUCGCCGGCGGGAGAGCCUAUGCCGUUAACCAACGACGUGUUGCGGAAGUCUAUACAACCUAUACAACAGACCAUGUACAACGCAGCGCGUCCUAGAAGGAAUCAAAAGACCAAAAGUAUCGAGAGCUGUUCGACAAGGACGUUCGUCUCGUUCGCCUGGCCUAAAACAACCAAGAGGUCGUGCGAUUACCUCGAGAGAUCGACAACGGGAAUCAGACAAGAUUGUCGGCAGCUGAGAAUCCUCCAGCCAAGAUGCUGCGAAAGAUCCAGAUACCACGAUACUUCACGUCCGAGCUUGCAGAACGGAGUUACGCGGAACGCUGCUUCAGAUCACGUUUGUUAUCCUUUCCUGCAAGAUCCGUGUAUGAGCAGAUGCCAUGGUGGUUACUGGUGGUGGGGGGAAACUUGCGACACCACCAGCCACAGGAAAUAUGGUGCGACUGUCGGAAAUUCGUUGCAUGCUCAUGCGUACUGUAACGGCGACACGGGACAUUAUUGCCCGCAUUUAAAUGCUAUUGACAACUGUCGGACUGGAUAUUGUCAUUGGAAUGACGGCCGCUCAGUAUGGAAUAACGACCGGUAUUACGGAAGGAGCUGAUCACAUUACCGAGCAGAUGAAAAUUUAUAUUUCAUGCAUUGCUGGAUGCCCCGGCAUUUUCUGUGAUAUUGAUAUUGACAAUGGCAUUGCGCGACAUUUAACCCGGCCGAGUAAUUCGAGACCAAUUGCCGGGCCGAGCGGUGAUACCAAAAUCACCGCUCGCAGUUUAUCAGGCCCUUUUUUCACCGGGCGCAAAUUAAAAUUGAUAAUAAAUAUCGCUCGUGUAAUAC